AUGGGCAGGUUCAGCGCACGGCCACGCGGGACGAAGCGGCUGCCGGCGCCCACGCAACGCACUACCCGCGCGCGCUUUGUUUACGAGUGCGUUCUAAAUUUAAAAUUUCGAUUCAGUCUCGUUUCGACGCGCAUCGCGUGCAGACGUGCCGCGCGUCCGCCGCUUACUCUUUUGCGAAAUCGUGCGACGUUCUCGUGCGCUGUCUCGUUCGUGUUGACAUUUCCCGUUUUUCUGCGCAGUUUGUUUUCAGUUUGGCACGUGCCGAUGAUGGAGUCGAAGAGUUUGGCCGAUGACGGUUGCGUAGACGAAUCGUGGGUGGAGUUGAAUUCCGGCGGCGGUCUCGCCGCGGUGGAGAAUGAGUACAUCCGCCUGCUGAGGGAGGCGCAGAGGGAGAGCAGGGACUCGUCCGUGCGCCACUCCAGGGCCUCCAGCGUAAAGGGCAGCCCGAAGUCUCCGCCGAACAGUCCGAACCUGGAACCGUCAACGGAAGACGAGCUUAAAGGCGUCUACAUCAACUGCUGGAGGGAUGACUCCAACGACUGGGUGUGGGAGUGGAGUAGCAGGCCCGACCAGUUACCGCCCAAGGAUUGGCGGUUCAAGCACCCGCAGAGCGCCCGGGGCCCGCCCUCGGCCACCUCCUCCAUCGAGGUGCUGGAGCAGCAGCUGGUCGCGCCAGUCAUGCAGCAGAGCCAUUGCCUCUCCGUCCGCCGAACUUGCCUGUUCAGCCGGGGCGCCAUAGCCGCGGUGCUGGUCACCAACAUCGUGUCGCUGCUGCUCGGCGCCGGCAUCGGCGUGUGGCUGAGCAAGAAGGGAAUGCUGCCGCCCAGACUCAUCGUCCUGAAU